ACAUGAGUAGUUUCAAAAUGUCAAAGAAAUCAGGGUAAGGUCUACAUUCACUGAACAAUUUGAAAGAUUUGGUAAAAAUCCAGGCAUUUUAAUUGGGUUUUUAAUACACAGAUAAAGAUAAUUAGAUAAAGGUGUUCACAUGACCGUUUCAAUAAUCAGAGUAUUUAUAUAAUCAGAGUAUUAGUGUGCACGUAAUUGCAACCAUUGUCACAGUAGUAGUGAUCACAACCAAAAGCUGUAUAUAGUUGACAUAUGAAUAAAUUGGAAGCAACCUAUUUAAAAUAUAUUAUCUUCAUGAUGUGGACAGCAAUAGUAGGCCCAUUGCCUAUAUAUUAACCAAUAUAAAGAUUAAUGUUGGUUUAAAAAAAGUCAAUCUCUUAAAGGGGAAUUCCACCCUGGAGUUUUUUUUUAUUUUUUAUUUCUAGAAGAGUAACUGUCCUCUUGAUUAAGAUGUGCUCUCAGCCAACAAUUUAGCUGUGAUGACUGCAGAGAUAUAGUACUAAACUACUGUGCAUGCCCCAGGUACCUGCUGUAGACUACAAUGGGGUGGCCACUCACAGUCUCUGGGCAAGAAAAUUGAGGUUUAUGGUGUUCAGUUCACUUAACUUUUGUGGUUAAGUUCUACUGAAAAGAAAAGGCCACCUUGCUGGCGAAUUUCAAGGGUUUUUAACAAAGGAAGCAAUUUAUUUUUUACCAGCUACCGCAAGAUGAGAGUGCGUGAAAACAAUGGCUGACUGAAAAUGGGAAUGUUUAAUAUCCUCCAGAUACACCUGAGACACAGGUAAAGAAUGUACAAACGUGUAGCAGGAACAUUCAGGCGAGACUACUGAACAUAUCAAGCGACCGUCCGUCAGCUCAGUUAACGCCCCUUUCCCGUUGACUGAUUUUUAAAAAUUCAAAUUGCCCACCCAUUGUAGGUUUUCCAAAAUGAGAAAGGGUAGAGGUGUAUGGCAUUAUGACCUAUACCUCUACCAAAUUUGCACCUUUCUCUACCGAAAUUUCUGUGCAGAGACUGGGCUGCCACUAAGAGACACUGAAUCAGUUAUGCCUUAACCUGUUAAAUGAGGUUAAUGUUGUUUUAUGGUGAAAUUCCCCUUUAACAUGUAGCUUCCUGUAAUUCAAUCAAAACCAGUUACCAUUGUGCAAGAGUUUCUCACUUCCAGGCCCCACCCAUGUUUAUGGUAAGCAGUAUACUACUGCUGCGACUCACCCACAAUGGGCUCUCCUGUUAAACUUACAGAGGUCAGACCUCCGCAGUGAUAAAGUACGCAUACGCAACCUCUCCUUUUAUGGGUUUUUUUUCUUUUUUUUUGGUUUAAUGCUUAACUUGCUCGUCUCCAGUACAGGCUGAGAGUCCCGGCUGUAUCACUGCUGCCUGCUGACUGUCAGAGGAGAAACACAGCCUGCGUUGUGUUGGGCGUCGUAUCUGGAACCAGGAAGUGGAAGAAGGGAUCAUUGGGAGCACUUGGAGAGGUUUCAGUCGGGGUCAAGAGGCACCAUGGGCAAGAACAAGAAGGAGGAGGCAGUGAGAGAGAGAUAAAGGUGGGACCCUCUUAGCUACUACUCAUAUCAACCUACGCUACACCAGGAAAAAAGGAAAGUACUCUUCUGGCUGGCUUAACCGCUUGAGUUCGUUCAACUUUAUAGCCACGUCUCUGCGCUGCUUAUCUUAUUAUCUUAAUAUCUUAUUUCAAUCCUCACCACCAUUUAAAAAAAAAAAAAAUACCUGUUUAGUGGGUGGAGAUGAAGAACGAGAACACAGACGAGCUGAAGCUGGAGCACUGGAAGGAGCUGGAGCAGCCAUGCGGAAUUAAGGUGUUCCUGACCGUCCUCUACAGUGCCAUGCUGAUGAUGGGGAUUGUGGGCAACAGCAUCACCAUCAGGGUCAGCCAGGUUCUGUGGAGGAAGGGCUACCUGCAGAAGAGCGUGACGGACCACAUGGUGAGCCUGGCAUGUUCCGACAUCCUGGUGCUGCUCAUAGGCCUCCCUGCAGAGCUCCACGAUGCCAUUUGGUUUCCCUUCUCCUCCUCUUCAUGCAACGCUGUCUGCAAGACCUACAACUUCCUGUUCGAGGCCUGCAGCUACGCCACCAUCCUGAAUGUGGCCACGCUCAGCUUCGAGCGCUACAUCGCCGUCUGCCAUCCUUUCAGGUUCAAGUCCCUGUCGGGCUCCCGCACUGUCCGGCUCAUCGUCUUCGUCUGGAUAGCCUCGGCGCUGGUGGCCCUGCCGCUGCUCUUUGCCAUCGGCGCCGAGGACCCGGUCGGCAUCCUGGGGGUGAAGAACGAGACUUCCCUGGCAGUCAACGUGCGGAACCUCACGUUCUGCACCAACCUCAGGGGAAAGUGGGGCGUGUACAGGUCCAGCGUCUUUGUGGCAUUUGCUGUCUAUGUCGUCAUCCUGGCCAGCGUGGGCUUCAUGUGCCGGAGCAUGAUCCGGGUGCUAGCGGGAACCGAGGUCAGAUCGGGAGAGCGGGACGGCAACAGCACGAUAGCCCUUCCCAAGCAGAGUUCAAAGGUCAAAGCUACCAGGAAGCAGACGAUUGUGUUUUUAGGUUUAAUUGUGGUAGCUCUUGCAGGAUGCUGGAUACCCAAUCAGAUCCGUCGGCUGAUGUCGGCGGCCAAGCCCAAAUCCGAGUGGACUUUGUCCUACUUCAGGGCCUACGUCACCCUCCACCCUAUCGCCGACACCUUUUUCUACCUCAGCUCUGUGAUCAACCCCUUCCUCUACAACCUCUCCUCCCGCAAGUUUCGCCGAGUCUUUGUGCAGGUGCUGCGCUGCCGGCUGACCAUCGAGCACAUCAACAAGAGGACCCUGAACACUCCGGACGGCACCUCUGCCCGUUUGGUGCGCCCCCUGCUGCUUAGGUCCCUUCGGCGCAGCCAGCCCACCGUGGCCAAGGAUGACCCCAAGACUUGUGCCACUUCCCAGAUGGAAGGCCACACUGCACCUCACCACAAGGAUUUGGUGACACCCUCAGAGUCUUCUGAGCAAAGCACGGUGCAGACAUCACUAGGUGAAAUCUGAGUCCUGCUGAAGAUGUACAGAGUAGGUCUCUCCAAGGAGCUGUUUCCCAGAGGAAAUGCCAAGGUGAUGCAUUGUUUCCCCGAGGAGCAUCCAAGGUGAUGUGCAGUCUCACUAUGGAGCUACCGAGGAAACAUUGGUUUCUCCAAGGAGUAUCCAAGGAGAUGUGCCGUUUCUCCAAGGAGUCACAAAUGAAAUGCAUUGUCUCCAAGGUUGAAAAUAUGUGGACACAGUAUAUGUCAGCUGGUUGCAGCAAACAUUUCCUCCAGCAAUUCUAUGCAUUAUUUGUGUUUAUUUGCUUGUUAUGUUAUACAUAAAGGAAUGUAUCAAUCAUUUAGAUUUUGCCAAUGCAUGGCUGCCUGGAAUGGAUGCGGUCCUCGAAGAACAGUGCUGGACUGGCUUUUAACACCAAAGUGAAUUAUAUCAUAUGUAACAAUUAUUUUAUUUUUUAGUUAGUCACGUUUCUUGUUUAAAUUUGUCCGGUGCAGUGUUACAGGCCCAAAUAACGAGAAUCCCUGCUUUAUGAGCUGCAUGUCACUCUGAAAUUUUCAGUGUUAGGCCAUUAAGUGGUUACCACCAACCAAUGGGAGGAAUAAUCAUUCAUGAAUGUGGUGACAGCAACAGCAACAAAACCCAGAUUCUUUUUAAAGCAGUCAAGUGUUUCCUGUCGAGCCACUGCACAAAAGCAGCUAAGGGCCACAGACAGGAAAAAAUGAAAAAAUACAAGGUGGUGAGGGCUACACUGGAAAUGAGCUCUGGACAGAUGAGGGCAUUACUGUGCUCUGGAGCGUGAGGGUUUAUUCAAUCCAGCCACAAAAAGCUGCCAUUGCAAACAACAGAGCCAUGAUAUAUGGGUGGGAAUAGCCCGUGAGUUUAACAGGCUACUCUGUGUGUCCUGGAGCGAUAGAAAGUGCUCUGUUGAACCAUACCACUCUAUAGCAUGUCUUCCCCUGGAUACUGUCCAUGAAGGAAACAAAGUGCAGGAUGAACACUGUAAAUAAUAUAGAAAAAUAUAAUAAUUUAUAAAUAAUUUCAUGUUAAUAAUCAUGACAAUAAAAAUGCUUUCAAGCUGUUUAAGCCAGUGCAGUAUCUGGUAAUGUAAGAGAUCUUGUCUGAUCUCCUGAGGUAAAUGUAGCAAUUUUAACGACAUCAACGUUUAAAUAAUAUUGACAGCAAUUUGAAAAGGGAGCGACUGUGACAAUGCUGUGGCCGUGACAGUGGCUGGCAGCUCCAUAAUGCAAGGGGCAAUUGGAGAUUGCGUCGCCCAGGGUAUGAGAGGGUUAAUUCGAUUGGAAUCUGCAUUCAUUGCCAUCUAGUGAACGUCAAUCGACGUGUAUGAAGCCAUAUAUGAAAGGCCUUCCUCUGACUGCGCUUUCAGCAAGCUUAGCUGUAAUAUGCGCUGUGAAAAAAAACAUCUGGCGACACCACAAGUUUCAGAGGUGGACGUUGGGGUAUCUACACUAAAUCAGCAGCGGGGUUAGCAGCAUAAAUGUGGCUGCGGUUGUAGAUGAUUGGCCAUUCCAAAUUUGGGUGGGAAUUGCCAAUGGUCAGCCCCUUGUUGGGAGCCUAAUUUCUAUAUUCUUUACAUUUAAAAGACAAAGAAGGACGGAUCCAAAUGCAAGGGAAUGAAAAGCAGCUGUAUGAUGCUCCGGUUUCCUAGAGACAGCCUCAAACCUGUCGCUUUUGUUCUCUAUAGGAUUGUGCGUAAAAUGAUUAAACGCUAUCAGGGCCCCUCCAUCUUGCAGCGUUUAUCACAGCGCUUGUCACACUGUCAGACAUGAUUAUAAGGCUCUUGAAGUGGCUUAUGAAAAAUGGCAUGCAUUCUGUUAGCAAUGACUUUCACUAAAUAGAUUUAUUUUACAAAUUGCAUUGCACUGAACCCCUUGUUUAUAUUAUUCUUUAUAAUACUAUUUGUAAUAAAUGAUUUGUACUUCAA